CAUGUCCUUCUUCAGUGCUACCGACACAUCUCUCUAUUCCGAAUCCUGGAAACCGUCGAGCGCAGGCGCUUACGCCGGUACCUGCAUCUUCCUUAUUAUCCUCGCCAUUAUUCUUCGCGCACUUUUCACUGCAAAGGCCUUCUUGGACGCAAGGGCAAUGCAAGCGGCCCUCAAGCGAAGAUAUGUUGUGGUGGCUGAUCAGCAGCCCGUCGGAGACAAGGCCUUCAACGAUGCCGGCUCCAUGGAUGGCAUCUUGACCACAAACGGUGUGCAAGAGAACGUACGUGUCGUGUCGGCUCCUGUGAAGACCAUGCAGCCUUUCCGGUUCAGCGUCGACUUACCUCGCGCGGCUAUCAUGACGGUUGCUGCUGCUGUUGGGUACCUUCUCAUGUUGGCUGUCAUGACAUAUAACAUUGGUUACUUCCUCUCGGUCCUAGCAGGUGCUUUCAUUGGGGAACUGGGCUUUGGCAGGUUCAACCAAGGGGCCAUGGCCAUGUGA